AUGGCCGAUCCCAGUUGUAGAGGUUCUACUGACGGUUUGCGUCUUGGCCACCCUGGGAACGAGACUGUAGGUCUGCAUCCAGGCCACCCUGGGAACGAGACUGAAGAUCUGCGUCCUAGCCACCCUGGGAACGAGACUGAAGACCUGCGUCCUGGCCACCCUGGGAACGAGACUGAAGACCUGCGUCCUGGCCACCCUGGGAACGAGACUGUAGGUCUGCAUCCAGGCCACCCUGGGAACGAGACUGAAGACCUGCGUCCUGGCCACCCUGGGAACGAGACUGUAGGUCUGCAUCCAGGCCACCCUGGGAACGAGACUGUAGGUCUGCAUCCAGGCCACCCUGGGAACGAGACUGUAGGUCUGCAUCCAGGCCACCCUGGGAACGAGACUGUAGGUUUGGGCCUUGGCCGUCCUGGGAACGAGACUGAAGACCUGCGUCCUGGCCACCAUGGGAACGAGACUGAAGACCUGCGUCCUGGCCACCAUAGGAACGAGACUAAAGACGAUCCUGACGAAGCUGUACUUCAAAAGAAGACAACAGACACGGGCGGACAGCGGGACAGGGGAGGGCGAGAUUCGGGCGAGGAAACGUUUUAUUGGGAGGUGAAGAAAACUGGCUCGUCAUCACAGCUAAAACAGGGGAGAAACCUGCCUGAAGUCAGUACUGAGAAACCCUACAUGUGUGGGGAGUGUGGAUACCGAUGUGACUAUUCUGCAACACAGAAGUCUUCUUUGGACCUACAUCUAACAAAACACACCGGUGAGAAACCCUACAAGUGUAAGGAGUGUGGGUACAAAACAGCAUACAACACAGAAAUCUAA